CGGCCCGGCCGCUCCGCGGGCCGCCGCACUGCGCAUGAGCGGGAGCCCGGCGAGCCCGUGAGAGGCGCCGCCGCCGCCGCCGCCGUCCAUUCGCUGCGGAGCCGGAGGAGGAGGGGAGAGGUCCGGAGGACACCAACAUGAACAAGUUGAAAUCAUCGCAGAAGGAUAAAGUUCGUCAGUUUAUGAUCUUCACACAAUCUAGUGAAAAAACUGCUGUGAGUUGUCUUUCUCAAAAUGACUGGAAGUUAGAUGUUGCAACAGAUAAUUUUUUUCAAAAUCCAGAACUUUAUAUACGGGAGAGUGUCAAAGGAUCAUUGGACAGGAAGAAGUUAGAACAACUUUACAAUAGAUACAAAGAUCCUCAAGAUGAAAAUAAAAUUGGAAUCGAUGGCAUACAGCAGUUCUGUGAUGAUCUGGCCCUCGAUCCAGCCAGCAUUAGUGUGUUGAUCAUCGCAUGGAAGUUCAGGGCAGCCACACAGUGCGAGUUCUCCAAACGGGAGUUCAUGGAUGGCAUGGCAGAGUUAGGAUGUGACAGCAUAGAAAAACUAAAGGCCCAAAUACCCAAGAUGGAACAAGAAUUGAAAGAACCAGGACGAUUUAAGGAUUUUUACCAGUUUACUUUUAAUUUUGCAAAGAAUCCAGGACAAAAAGGAUUAGAUCUAGAAAUGGCCAUUGCUUACUGGAACUUAGUGCUUAAUGGAAGAUUUAAAUUCUUAGACUUAUGGAAUAAAUUUUUGUUGGAACAUCAUAAACGAUCAAUACCAAAAGACACGUGGAAUCUUCUGUUAGACUUCAGUUCAAUGAUUGCAGAUGACAUGUCCAAUUAUGAUGAAGAAGGAGCGUGGCCUGUUCUUAUUGAUGACUUUGUGGAAUUUGCGCGCCCUCAAAUUGCUGGGACAAAAAGUACAACAGUGUAGCACUAAGGAACCUUCUAGAAUGUACAUAGUCUGUACAAUAAAUACAACGGGAAAUACACAGUCAAUUUCUGCUGGCUGGACCGAACUGAAGAUCAAUCCUCACAGUUCAGACUGAGGGUUGAGACCAACUUUAAGGAUACAUCUUGGACCAUAUCGUACUCAUUCUUCUACUGGUGGUUUGGGCUUGUCUUCUAGUCUGGGCCACUCUAAACAUUUAUAAUUCCAACAUUGUGGAUUUCAUCUUAUACCUGUGGACCAUCUUAGUUUGUCUUCCCAUAAGUCAUAGAAGCUUGAUGGUGAUUAUUUUCAGGUUUCCAUUUUUGCAUAAAGCACAAUGCUGUCUUCAUCAGAAAACAGUUUGGCAUAAGAAUUAAACAUAAUAAUGAACACCACAAACAAUUUAUAAAAACUUCUUAAGUAUAUGCUUUGGGCUAGUUGCAAAGACUAUGCUGGUAGCCCUUCAAAGGAGAGGGAUUUAUCUGAGUGUACCGGAUCUGGAAUGGUGUUUGCUUUGAGGGAAUUUUCCUGGCAAACUACAUGUACUGUUGAUGUGAGUGGAAUAGUUGAUGAAAGAAAUGUCAAAAUAACCCACAUAUGACAAAUUUAGAAUAACUUGGUGACUACCUGAAAUAUGUCUUGUGUUUCAGACUCUCACAAAGGUUCUACAGAACAGUCUGUGGUUGUCCUACCCAUGUUUGUUUGCAGUGAUCCUGCAGGGAACUUUAUUUAAAAAAUAUUGUACUGGGAUAUAAUGUUAGAUUCCACUCGUCCGCAUCACACAGCACAGAAUUGGAUUUCAUUAUGCUCUGAAAUGCUUCUAUGCCUUUCGAAUAAGUUAAACUAUUUUGUUUGUUUUGAAUGUUUUGGAUUGCUAUAUAAUACAAUGUUCUAAAUUUAGGCAUGAGGGUUUAGUUUUUGUUUUUUUAAAUUUUUUUGUCAUCGCACUAUGGAACACAAUGCAAUUCACUUAAUUUAUAAGAAGAUAGUAGGAUUUACAUUUUCCAAGUGGUUGUGAUGAGCCGUGAAGUUCAAUAUUUAUCAUAUCGGCACUGCUCUUUCGGCGAUACUCCAGCCUUUAUGACCUCUUGUGUUGAAGUGGCUGACUGCUAAAUCACUGUGGUUGCCAAAUCUUUACUCUGAGAGCAGAGGUUUUCAAAGGAGCGAGUGCUGGUGCAGAAUACCAAUGGCUUCUGUUCUAGAAAUUAUUUGAACUCUUGAUUGCUUUCAUCUCACUCGCAUUUGCUAUUUCCACACAAAGCAGAUUGUAUUUUAUUUUUUUCUUGACAGGACCCAUGACUUGCUCUCCUGAUGAACAUGCUUGUUUCUCUGGUAACAUACUGACAUGUGAAAAGGGCAUACUUUAAAUAUUUUCAUGAAGUUAAAAUGACGAACUUAGGUGUUGGAUGACUGGCCUUGGAUAGGGACAGUUUGCUCCACGUGUCCAGCUCCUCUUCAGGGCGCAAAGGAUGUGCUUCGGGAGAGCAGACAUUUCAUGCAGAUAUAGAAAUGAUUAAGCUGCUUUUAGUUACAUGAUUUGGAAACUGCAUAGAAAGAUUACCUUAUAGAUAUAUCAUUAUUCCAAUCAUAACUUUAAUUUAGGAAUACAUUUCAAAUACCAAAAGAAGGCUUAGAGUCAAUUUUUAUUCACGUUACAAGAAUCUGGUUAUUAAAAGAAAAAAGAAUCUUACAGUUUUCAGUAUUUCUUGAUUUCAAUUUUGUAAAUAUGAAGAACUUCAAUUAUGAAAAAAAUUAUUAAAGAUAUAUAUGUAUACACACAUAUAUAUCUUUAGAAUAAAGAUAUAUAGUAUACACACACAUAUAUCUUUACAAUAAAGAUAUAUAUGUACACACACACAUACACAUAUAUAUCUUUAAAAGUUUUGCAGGCAUAUAUUGCUUAUUCCCUACAUGGACUAUUUUGAGUUCUGCUACUGUCUUCAGAUUGAUUGAGUCAUGUGUGGUUUGUUUUCCAACGAAAGCCUGCUGGCUUCCCUCCUCACCUCAGACCUUUCUCAUGAGAAUCGUGGUGUUCAUUUGUGGCCUAAUGCUUUGAGUUUGACAGAUUUUAUUUUUGAAUGCAAGACUUUUCAACUUUGUCAUCAGUUUGGUACUAAACAUUUACAAUUACUGUGUAAUUAUAAACAAAAAUAUAUAAAGCUUUAAUAUAAUUAUGUAGCAAAAGAAGUCAAGGUUGUUCACCAUGAUGGCAUCUUAGCAUUAAACAAAACUAUCACUAGGGCUCAAAAGAGAAUCUGAUUUAAUGUGUUUAUUCCGAGGAUAAAUGUCUGCUUAUAGGGAUGUUUUGUACUAAAAAUGCUUACACUGUUGGGGGAGGGGCAUCAGCAAGUUUGGUUGGAGAGAAACAGCCCACGCGCACACAGCCAUUGCAGCUGCUCCGGGUCAUGGGCAUCAGUCUUUGUGGGCGUCAGCGCGCCAUGCUGAUUCCUUUUUUUUUUCCAGACAGACCCAUAGGGAGAGUUUACUUUUUGCCAAAUGUCAGAACAGGUACACAUUUUUAAAUGUAAUGCUUUUUAAAUAGUAAAAUGUAUAAAAUGAGAAGUACCCACAUAUAAAAUACUUGAGAUCAAGGUUAUCUUCAGUGAAUAUCAUCUGCAUAUCUCUGUAAGUUCAAGUGUGUCUUUUACGAUCCCUGUCAUAUUACCAACAGAGGCAAUAAAAGCUUCAGUGAAAUUGCCA